GUCUCUAUUAUUAUUUAAUUAUUUAAACCCUAACCCUUUUAUUAUUUACAUACAACAAAAAAUAAAGCCCAAAACACAGUCCAAUAAUAUUCAAGAAAAAAUACAAGAGGGAAAAAAUAUAAAGGAAUUAGAGACGAGAGAGCCUAAAAACAAUGCCAGAAUGGACGACUCAUCACCACCCACACCAGAAUUACCGGAACGUAAGAACCGACUAUCUUCUAACAGUGGAAUCAAGCGAAACAAAGUGAGUCGGGCAUGUGACGAAUGUCGAAAAAGAAAGGUACGUUGCGAUGGAGCUCAGCCUUGUGCAAGAUGUCAAAAGUCUUCUACAGAAUGUAUCUUUUCAAAUGUCACACCAAAAAGAGGCCCACCCAAACAAUAUUUAGAACCAUUUGAAAGCAGAUUAAAGACUAUCGAUAACGUACUACAAGUGCUUGAACUCUCUUUAGAUGAUAUAAAAACAACACAAUUAAAUAACGAUUGGGAAACAAAAGAUCCCAUGAUUGAAAUAAAUACACAACUUGAUGUCACAACAAUUGGACAUGCUUUAUAUAUACCUGAUUAUCCUGCUCGCGUAGAUCGUAUCGAACAACAGACGGACAUACAAAAUUUACAUACUGAACCACCACAGCCACAUAUGAUGUCUACUAUUAUGGUCGCUCCCAGAAUGGAUUUAAUCCAAUCCUAUCUGGAUCAUGUACAUCCAUCCUUACCGUUUAUUCAGCAAUCAUCAUUAAACCAACCUCAAUUAUCCACUCUAUUACUAAAUGCUAUUUAUGCUGUCUCUUCACGAUUUAUCAAUUCAUCGGCUGCUCAAAAUAAUGAUCCCCCGGGCUGGCCCUACUAUAAAAAGGCACUUAGUCUAAUUGAUUCGUAUGCUGAUGCCCCUCGAUUAUCUACCGUACAAGCACUCGUUUUAUUAGCAAAAUAUCAUGAACACAUUCAAAGACCUGGUUUCUUCUGGAGAACAAAAUUCUUUAUACAGCUGGCUGUCAAGAUGUCGAGUGAUUUAGGCCUUUGGAAAGAACCAACACCAAGUACGCGAUCAAACUGUGCUCUUGAAUACGAAAUGAGGGCAAGAACGUUUUGGGCUCUCUAUAUAUAUGAAGUUUUAAUGAGCACUGAACAAGGAUUACAGCUGCAGUUUUGUCAAGAAGAGUGCACGGUCAAAUACCCGCACGUCCUUUCCGAUGAAUCAAAUAAUGAUUCCAAAGCCGUUUCGGAUUUUCAUUGGCUGUCCAAGGUGAUACACAAGCAGGCGGCUGUACUUGAAUUUAUGCGUUGGAGACAUGACUCUGCCAACGAAUUGACCGAUGAGCAAGAGAAAUUCUCGAUCCUGGAAAACGAUUUAUUGGAGUUGGGUGCGCGUUUGCCCCAAAUGACAGAAGAGAGUAGCGUGCAUUCUUAUUUUGUGCACUUGAUAUAUCACUCAGUCAUCAUUUUGCUCUAUCGACCUUAUGCACUCUCGGAUGAGUACCAAGAACCAACGUACAUUUCACACUGUUUCUCAUCGGCUUCAACAAUAACUCAGAUUGUGGAUCAUAGUUUAAAGAAGGAAGGUUCAGAUGCAUUUUAUCCUGUCACGCGUGGCAAUCAACAGAUCAUUUACUGUCUUACUGCUGCUCUCACCAUUCAAAGGUCGCUUCGAAAUAUGUACUCGUACCAGUCCUCCGAUAUGGCAGGCGAAAUGUAUGAUCGAACAUGGACACUGUUACAAAUACUGAUACCCAAAUCACCCGUCACCGAAUUGGAAACGAGUCAUCAAGACGUGCCACCAUCCAUGUGGGUUGAUAAAGCUCCUGAUUAUUCAAUGCUUUCACCUUCAAAUACGUCUUCUACUCGAUCUUCGCCUGUUAUUCCUACUCUCAAAUCACCCCACAGUCCAAGUUUGCCAACACCCACUGUUCGAAAAAGGCAUUCAAGAGCCUCACUUCAAUUUCCUACCACAGAUCUUAAUUAUGUUAUGCAAUCUAGUAGCUCUUAUGUCCCUGAGCUUAUCAAUCAUCGUAUGCGACCUGCAACAAACAGGUCACCCUAUGCCAGCAACCGGUUGUCUGCCCCCGCUUUGGGUUCAUUGUAUCAACAAUCCCCUUAUUUUCACCAAUCACAGCAACAGCAACAGCAACAACAACAACAACAGCAACAGCAACAACAGCGCCAAAGAAUGUCGAGCUAUUCACAACCAUCCUCGCCAACUACAAGUCAGUUUGGAGGCGAAUAUAGCGGGAUGAACAGUAAUGGGGGAGGUGGUAAUACAAUGGCGCCGACGUUUCCAGCAACGCCACUACGAUCGACGUCAAUAUCGCGAAAGACAGGAAUACUACGGAGUUCAUCUUCAGUGGGAGAAUUUGUGGUGCCAUCGCAGCAACGUACACGUACGGCGAGACCUUAUAUCAAUUUACGCCGGCAUACACUGACGAACUCUACACCGCCGGAUCUUUCGAAUGUGAUCAUGGCGAAUACGUCUCCGUCUUCGACAUCGACUCCAUCUUCUGGGGUUAUACCACCUUCUCCUCGUAACUUGCAUGCAAUAGCGGUUCAAAAUAACCGGUUUUCAGCGCCUGUAAUGAGCAACAAUACCCAGUUACCUUAUAUGAUACCAAUCACCCAACAACAACAACAAUAUCACCAACAAAAUAUGAUGCUGGAUCCUUCUUUCCCAAUGGAUCCAGUCAUACCUGAUUCUCCCAAUGAAUCCAUGAUGGGAUUAUUAUUAAAUCCUUGGGAUUUUUCUCAACAUCCGUAAGCAAAGGAAAUAUCGUUAAACAUAAAAAGAAAAAAAAAAGAAAAAAAAUUGUUCCUCAUUCUAUAUAUCAAAAAAAUUAAGUACCCUUCUCCCAACUAUACACACCCCUAAACAAUAGAAAUUAAAAAAAAAAAUGUUAUGCUUAUUACCAACUACAAAUUGAU